GAUGGGUGGAUGGAUGAAUGGAUGGGACAUGGUGAUAUUAAGGGACUUGCCUGACCACAAAGCAGCAGCAGAGCUGAGCACCAGCCAAGACCAUUGGACCCCAAUCCUGUGGGCUUAAUCCUAGAGAAGUGUUGCCCCCACAGUGUUGGGUUAAAAACCCCCGCUACCUGGGUUGGGGUCCCUGCUCCACUAAUUCACUGUGUGUCCUUGGCAAGGCAUCUUUCCCUCUCGGAGCCUAUGUUCUCGUUUGUACAAGGAGGACGUUAACGAUUCUAACUCUAGUGGAUUGAAUGAAGCAGCACGCGGCCUGGCAGGAGUACUGCUAAUAACUGUAGCCACUGUAGCUGGCAUCACUUUCCCGCUUCGAUAAUUAGAGCGUGGGGCUGACUUGCCUGCCUCCCCACGCUGGGUAUCUGGGUGUGCCAGGCUUGCCCUCCCACUCGCUGGACAGGUUUGGGAGAGGGCGGGCAGAGGCGUGGGGCCCAGGAGGGGCUGGCCAGGGUUAAUUAGAGGGAGCUGGCGGGGAGGAGCUGGGGGAGAGGGACUGAGCAGAGGCUGUGCUGAAGCUCAACCUCCAGAGCCCCUAGUUGUGUGAGACCAUGGGCCGGGGCUUAAAUUCUGCCAGACUCAGGCGCCAGAAACGGCGCCUGCAACAUCGGGUCCAGAAGUCCAGGCAGCAGCCAGAGCGGCUGCAGCAGGAGAAUCACGAGCUCCGCCGGGGCCUGGCCGCACGGGGAGCUGAGUGGGAGGCCAGGGCUGUGGAGCUGGAGGGGGACGUGGAGGCCCUGCGGGCCCAGCUUGGAGAACAACGCUCGGAGCAGCAGGACAGUGGGCGAGAGCGAGCCCAGGCCCUCAGGGAACUCAGCGAGCAGAACCUGCGGCUCAGCCAGCAGUUGGCCCAGGCCUCCCAGACUGAGCAGGGGCUUCAGAAGGAACUAGAUGGCCUUCGGGGACAGUGCCAGGCCCAGGCCCUGGCCAGGGCAGAGCUGAGGACACGACUGGAAAGUCUGCAGGGGGAGAACCAGAUGCUGCAGAGUCGCCGACAGGACCUGGAGGCCCAGAUCCGAGGGCUGCGUGAGGAGGUGGAGAAGGGCCAGGGCAGGCUACAGGCAACCCACGAGGAGCUGCUGCUACUGCGGCGAGAGAGGCGGGAGCACAGCUUGGAGCUGGAAUGCGCGCGCUCCGAGGCCAGGGAGGCCCUGAGCGCCCUGCGGAGGCUGCAGCGGCGGGUUUCGGAGCUGGAGGAGGAGUCACGCCUGCAGGACGCCGACACAUCGGGGGCCUCGCUGCAGUCAGAGCUGGCCCACAGCCUGGACAGCGACCAGAGCCAGAACCAGAACGCAGAUGGGCACAGAGACGCCCCGACCACUCUGCCCUCGGAGACCCAGGGGGGAUCCAGUCAACAGCCUUCAUCCCAGGAGGAGAGCUUGGAGCCUCCCAUGAAGAGAGCAUCCCUGAGCCCAGGAGAGAUACUGGAGGAGAAGGAGAUGGAAGUGGCCCGGCUGCAGGAUGAGAUCGCGCUUCAGCGGGCAGAGCUCCAGUUGCUGCGGGAGGAGCUGCAGAGGCAGAAGGAGCUGCGGGAACAGGAGGACCCCGAGGAGGCCCUGAGCUGCGCCCUCUCGGACAGGGAAACGGCUGUGAACAAGUGAGCCUGCCUCCGCCGUUCAC